AUUUGGGAAUCCCGAUCUGCGAGUUGAGCUUUAGAUUGUCAGCGCGUGGUAUAGAGCAUUUGUUAGUAUGUUAGAUUGAGUAUUAAUGUAAUAGUUAUGGUGAUAAAAUGAUUUAGUGAGACACACCAGACAUGGAUAGGAGACUAGCGGUAGCAGUGAGGGACAGCAAGGCUGAUGAGGUGGAAAGUCUUUUGAAGUCUGGCGCUUCGCCAGAUGCGUGUGAUGGUGUUUAUGAGCGUCUUGUACUUGUGACAGCUUGUGAUAAAGGCUUCGAUUUCAUUAUAGAAAAGUUAUUGCAGAAAGGAGCAAAUGUUAACAAAACUGAUGCUUUUGGUCGGACUGCUUUAAUGUUGGCAGCAUCUCGUGGUUACGAUUCACUAAUUGUUAAGUUAUUAUCAGCUAAUGCUGAUGGCAAUCUGAAGAAUAAGUUUGGAGAAACUGCACUGCAAUUGGCUGAGAGACUCAAUAGGAAAUAUGCUGUAGAUGCAGUCAAGUCAUUUACUGUGAGUUCCCCAACUGCAUCUUCAGCAUCAGUUGUACCUAACAGCAGUCGUACAAGCUCAACAACAACAGCAUCAAAUGUUCAUCUUUCUACACCAGUGACACAAAGAAUGAGGACCACAACACCUACACGACAACCUCCAAGACAAGUGGCUGGAAAAGGAGAUAAACAGUUAGUAGAGCAGCAGAUACAACAAAUAGAACAACUGAGAAAUGAAGGUUUAGCAAAAGAUAGAGGAAUUGCUGAAGUAAAAAAACAAAAUGCAGAUCUACAGAUGGCAUUGAGAAAUGAGAGACUGCAGAGAGAAAAUGCAGUUAGUCGAGAGAGAAGAGAGAAAAAAGCGUUACAACAACGAUUACAUUAUCAAGGUUCAGAAAAAGAUAGAGAAAUUACUAAAAUGAGAAAUCAAAAUGCAGACCUACAGACGGCACUGAGAGGUGAGAGACUGCAAAGAGAAAAUGCACAUCAGCAAAUUGUUGAACUGAGACAAUGCAUUGGAGAUCUACAACAUGCAUUGAGAGAUGAGCAAGUACAAAGAGAACAUGCAGUUGCUAGAGAGAAGAGAGACAAACAACAGCAGCAACAACGAUUAGAACGAGAGAAGGACAAUCUUCAGCAGUUACUAAAUCAAGAGCAAAGAGAAAAGGCCAACGUUGUAGAGCUGCUGUCGGAAUCUGAUGCUGCAAUUGAACGUUACAAGCAAGAAAAUGAAGUUUUCAAUAUUCCUUCUCAUGACAUUCAAUUGACUGGCACAGAACUAGGACGUGGAGCAUAUGGAGAUGAGAUACUGUAUGCCAUUUGAUCACAAGGUUGUCUCUUUAUUUAUUCUAAUCAACUUCAUGUUGACCAAUUGCUUGUUGUUAAGAAAACCCCAAUAUUUACAUCUUACUUCACUACUAGAUGUGACUGUAAGCUAAUAUUUUGUUUACUUGUUUGUACAAUACAUUUAUUGAGUUGUAGUGUGUAUGUUUGGUACUCCCUAGCUAACUGCAUGAAGUGUAUCUCACUUUUGCUAGCAUUCAAAGAAGUUAGUGAUACAAUAACUUUAAACGAUUUGGUUUCUUGGCUUGUACAACAAUUUAUUUGAAGAGGUUCUGAGAGCAUUUGAAAGACCACUCUGCUUUGUGUGUGCCCCACACAAUUUUUAUUUUUAUAUGGGUAACUGAGCAUGCAUACUCAUCUUUUUAGGCUGGCACUUAUAGAAAUGACAUGACACAACUGGGUAAGGUCAGCUUGUGCUGGCUUAGCAAUGAAGUUGGGACAGGUUGCACCACUAAGUAAACUGCAAAUUAAAUACCUGACACUUCAAAUAGAACUUACCAACACUGACUUGGGUAGAAUUCCUUAUGAGUAGGAAUUAAUUUAAGAAACCGUAUUGUGAUUUAGUUGUUUGUAUUGGAUAUUGGCGUGGCUGUCCUGUUGCUGUCAAACUGUUGUAUGAUCAUUUGGCUGCUGUUCAACGCAACGUUCAUCUUAUUCAACAAGAAGCAUCUGUAGCAUGGAAGAUACAUCAUCCAAACAUUGCUGCUGUUUGUGGUGUCACUCUGGAGUUAGAAGAGAAAAAGGCAUGGAUUAUCAUGGAAUUACAUAGCGGCUUCAUGUCUGGUGUGAUUGAUGCAUGUCAAGGACAUGUUGCACCUCUCACUUUACAGAAAAAGUUGACAUGACCCAUGAUUCUUUGUGUGGACUGGAUUACAUUCACUCAAUGCAAUUACAGCAACGAUGAGAGCCAAGCUGGGUGAUCUAGGAGCUGCUCGUUUUCAAGAUGCUUCACUUUCAGUUGGUCUACUCAGUCCACAAUACACACCUCCUGAGAGAUUUGAAGUUCCAACUUCACCAAAAAGCUACAAAACUGACUUGUACAGUAUGGAAGUGACCAAAUGUGAGCUCUUCACUGCUGUUCCUCCAGAUCGUCAAAAAAGAAGAGAUCAAGUCUUACUCAUCCGUCAGUUAAAUGUUCGUUCCAUAUGUAAGCACUUGAUGAGAGAUGAUCCUACCACACGACCAACAGCAACAGAAGCCCGUCGUAUUAUUAGUCGUAUCGCAUGUAUAAAGCAUGUCCUCCCAAACGAAUGGUAAAGGGCAAGAUGGAUGGAAUAGCUGAUGUCACUCUCGUUUAGUCCAUUUGGUGAAGUUGACAUGUCAUUGAAACAUGUGUUUGUUACUUGACACCAUUUAUAUGUUGGUACAAGGUAUUCACUUAGCAAUAGCAAUGUCUUUAGCUUUGAAGGAUCACAUUGUAUUUUGUUAUCUCAUUGGUCAGACAUUAUAGAACUAGCGUGUUUUACUGUUUGAACUUUGACAUUGUUAUUCAGUAUUUGUAGGUUUGAUGUGUAUCACCUAGUCACGUAACAUUAUAAUGUUUUGAUUAUACGUACGCUUGGAUAUUAUACUUACUACUUGCCACAGUAGUAGAUAUAGUCACUUUAGUAAAACUA